AUGCGCCUCUUCCUGCUGCCCAUCUCCACCCGCCGCUCGCUCAUCUACUGCGAGAAGCUGCACCAAAAGGCCCCCAAGGACCGCUCCUACUAUGACAAAAUCACCAUAAAGGCCAGUGAGACGUGGGUCGGCUGGGAAAAGGACGAAAAGGCCAUCUGGGACUGGAAGCGCAAAGUCACCUUCUACGGCAACCAGGCCCUGAAGCGGAUACCGUACGAAGAGUGGGGGCUCAAGACGAUACCUGCACUCACUGCCAAGCGGAAGCAGGACAUUGUCGACGGCAAGGCCAGCUAUGAGGUCCUGUUCCCGGGCAAGUACCUGCCGCAGGAACGUGUGUCGGGCCUGCUCGAGAAGUUGGCCAAGGAGCGACAGAACAUGCACCGGACGAAGUUGAUCUGGAGCGUCGUCAUCAUGCCCUUCACCGCGCCUUUUAUGCUGGUGCCCGUCAUUCCCAAUUUGCCCUUCUUCUACGUCCUCUACCGCGCCUGGUCGCACUGGAAGGCGCUCGGCGGCUCAAAGCACCUCGAGUUCCUCCUCAAGCACAAUCUGCCCAAGCCCCAUCCGUCUGCCAUUCUCGAUGAGCUCUACACAGCUGGCCUCAUGUACCCUACCCGCGCGCUUUCCCGUGUCGCCCCUCUUCCAACCCCGGAGCAGGCACAAGAGGUCGCCAACGUAGUCCAUAGGCAGACAAACAACGAGACGGAAGACGUCAUGGUCCUGCAGCGGUGGAACGGCAAGCUGAUUGCCGAGAAGUUUGACCUACCUGAGAUGGAGGUCGAAAUCGAGCGUGCAGUCGGACAAGUGGAGGCGGCCAUCAAAUCCAAAGAAAAGCGUAUCGAGGAGAAGCUCGAGCAAGAGCGAGCCACCAGCGGCAACACGGUACGGGCAAAGGACGUGCUACCCGAAGAAAUUCUCGGGAAGAUACAUGAAAAGGCCGAACAUGUAGCACACGAGGGCAAUGAGAAGGCGAAGCAGGCGAUGAAGUCGUAG